AUGUCAGAACAAUUUGACUGGGAGGAUUUUUUUCUAUCCCAGCAUUUGGAUCAUUCUGUUUCCUAUGGAACAUCGAAUGCCGCCACCAUCAAUGAUACGAGUAACAGCGGAAUGGAGGAAUUUCGAUUGCCUAUUUCAUCUGCAACUUAUUAUGAUAACUUAUCUUCUGAUACAACCCAAUCAUCAUAUAUUGAUAUUUCAAAUAAUCAUUUGGAAGACUUUGAUCGGAUGAGGCCGACAAUUACACCGUUGCAACACAGUUCAUCAACAUUUAUUCAGAAUUCAACGGAUGACUUCGCGCCACUUUCUACUGCCGAUAGCAGUUCAAAUAGUGCUGCAAAUCUCGAUGUCAUCUUCAAUAUUCCUGCUUCAGUUUCAAUGUCAUCUGAUGUCACAGAUACUCAUACUUCUACUGCAAUGCCACUUAUAGAUGCACUAAUUUUGCCUAAUUCGCAGCAAAUUGUGUUAAGCAAUGACACAAUAGGAUGCCAAGCAGCAGUAAUAGAGAAUACAGUGGACAGAACUAUUGUGAAUCCACUGUUGACAUCUUCCAGUGCUUCGGUAGAAUAUCGAUAUUUGAAACGACCAAAUGAUAGUGGAAGUCAAUCGUUGGAACAUUGCAACGAAUUGGAUGUAAAACGAUCAACAAGGAAUGAAAUGUUUGAAACCAAUUUCAAUGAACAACACUUAUCAUCAAAGCCAUCGGUUUCAUAUCCAACAAAUCAGAUGUCAGAAUUUUCACCAUAUGUUGAUGAAAUGUCUAACAAUAUGCACUCAGGUGAAACGUCAACCAAUAAUGCUCCUUCAUAUGGCUCGAAAUUUCAUCUCUGUAAUAUGAUUCAGCCAUUCCCAGUUACCGAUUCUCUUGUGACAAUAUCAGAAACCAAUCAAGAGGACGAAGGAAAAGUAUUUCAAGAACUGAAAUCGUAUUCAGAUCCCAGCUCCUCUGCUGCAACAAGCAAUACUGAGCAACAAAUAACAUAUACUAUGCCUGCUGGAUUUCACGAACAACAAUUAUCACGACAAUUAGUUUUGAAUUUUAACAUUCCCAUGAACAGAAAUCAUUUAGUGAAUAGACGGCAUCAAGUUUUACCUGCUACAUCUCAGCUUAGUCCAUCACUACAUAAGAAGAAGGAUGAUCGUGAAAGCCGCAAAAAUUCUUUGAUGUAUUCAAAUGAAGAAAAUAGUAAUUUAUGCGCUGUAUGUGGCGAUAAAGCUUCGGGGAAUCAUUACGGUGUAUUAAGUUGUGAAGGAUGCAAAGCGAAAAUAUUUCAAUUACAAAAAGUUAAAAAAAGACGACAAAACCAUGAAUAUCAGUACAAGGGAUUAUCGGACAAAGUAAUUGGAAAGUCGAAGGAUCUAUGCGUUGUUUGUGGUGAUAUUGCAUCCGGUAAUCACUAUAAGGUGUUAACCUGUGAAGGAUGUAAGAGUUUCUUUCGACGAAGUAUACAGAAGAAAGCAAAAUACCAUUGUGUUAGGAGUGGCAAUUGUCCAAUAACGGCAAAGGAUAGAAAUAACCUCACGUGUUCACCAAUAAAAGAAGGUACAAUGAUAAAAUGCGAAUUAAGUGUGGAAGCUUGGAGGAAAUCACAAUGCUACUUGAUAAAGGGAUUCAAAGAGGCAACCACUUCAGCAGAUGGAUCGCACAAUUUCUGCAGUUCGUAUCACAAAUUCAAGAAGUGA